AAAUUUAAAUAACAUUCAUAAAAAACUCCAGGAGAACAUCGUCUUAUUGGUUUUUGACAACAAAUCUACGCUUCACAACGUGACCCUAUGUUACGGAUCUAAGCACCACCAUACGUAUAUAGUCUAAUAUGCGUAAAAUUCCAAUUAAAUCUCCAGUGUAAAUAAAUAUCGAAAGCAAAAGUGCACAGGUAUUUUCCACUCAAGGAUUCUUUUUCAACUUGUCUAGUUUUAGGUUGUUGUUAUGAAUCUAAGCACCACCAUACAUAUACAGUCUAAUACGCAUGCGUAAAAUUCCAAUUAGAGUGUAAAUCUUCAGUGUAAAUAAAUGUCGAAAGUAGGAGUGCACCGGUAUUCUCCACCCACGGAUUCUUUUUCAACUUAUCUGGUUUUAGAUUGUUGUUCGGCGUUUUACCUUCGACAUGGCGCGCAUCUCGGAGAACUGGCGUAAAGAGGGAAACCAGCUGUACACGUCAGCGACACAGAGUGGACUGAGCCCCGUUUUAAGAAAGGAACGGCUGAAUAAUGCCAUUAUGAAAUACAACAAAGCUCUUCAAACUGCAGAAACAAGAAAUGAUCGAUCCUCUGCAUAUAAAAAUAUUGGGAUGGCGUCAUGGCGUUUGGCUCAAGUUAUACAGCUACAAAAUGAAGGCCCUAAACUUGUGGAAUUUCAUUUAAUAGAGGCACUAAAGCACUUGAGUAAUGCCUUGGAAGAAGCCGGAUCAUCUCGAGGUAUCGACUGGUCCACCCAAUCUAAUCAAUACCUCCACGAGUGCCUCCAGGGUGUUAUUGAUGACACUGCAGAAAUGGGGUUGUGUCGUGAACGCGUGGACACUCUUCGCAGGUUUCUGGGUGUCAUUUCGCGCGACCUACCUGUCCGAGUGGCUGGACUUCUAGAAAUGACUACGGUUACCUUUCAUCUCGGUGUCACUGCUCUCGAAAACGGUGACAUCACAGAAUGCCUGAAUUACAUGGCUGAAUGUUACCAGCCAAUUGAAGAAACCAAAAGAGUCGCGGAUGAUGAAAUCAUGAAGGAAGUUGAUGUCCUGGAAAAGGACGUUUUUAUGCAGAAGUGCGUUGCUGAGUCUAUUAAGGCAAGAAAAACAGCCGAUGAUCUACUGGAAAAUAUUUUGAUGGAACAGGAAGAACUGAGUUAUGAUAUGAUUUGGGAAGUUAUUGACUGGUACAAGCAAGCUAUUCUCUUGUCAAGAGAGCAUGAGGUGGAGAUGGAAGCUAUCGCACUGAGUCGAUUGGGGAGUGUUUACGACAAAGUAUUGAAGAUCAAACUUAUGGCAAAAAAGUACUUCAACCGCUGCAUGAGCCUUGUUAUGGCCUUACAUCCUAAAAGUUUUCAUUCAGAAGACUGGUAUGUGGAAUGUACAAGUGCGUUACAGCGAUACCAAAAAGAACAAGUGGAGCGAGAAGAAGAUGUGUGGCAAAAGAAACGUGAAAAGUACUUGGAGAAACUGAGCGAAGACCUGAAAAAGUUAAAAGAGUCAGCUAAUGGCCUUCCUGAAUCAUACCUCCGAUUUAUUUACAAGACUUUUCCUCCCAAGGGUGAAAAUAAGAAAUUAGACGAAGAAGCCCUUGACUCCGGGGAACACGACAGCAUCAAGAAAGUCCUGUUGAAGGCUAUACAACAUUACCAUCCAGAUCGCCAGAAAGAGCAUGGGGAACAAUGGGUUGUCCUCUGUGAGGAAAUUACCAAAUACCUCACUGCGAAAUAUGAAACUUUCAAGUAACUUAAAGAUACACAGCGCAAGAUUUCACAGCAAAAAAAAAAAAAAAGAUUAAAAAAAUGUGAAACAAAAACCCUAGUCCCUAAUUAGUAGAUGGUUUUUGUCGGUAAUAUGGUUCAAUAUACAUUUGUCUUUAGUCAGAAUGAAAUGGACAAUAAUUUAUAUAAUAAGGUAAAUGUCACCCCAAGCAACAACUUUGCUGCUUUUGUUACAAACGCUAUGAAUCCAUGGGACUUUAAAUCGACUUUUUUCAACAAAAAACUUAUAUGCUUAUAUUUUAAUAAAUGUAUC